CCGGUGUAGAAACGAACUGAAUCCUCGAAGAUCCCAUUCCAUCAUUGUUGUGACCAGUUUGUCAUCCGUAAGGACCGCGUCACAUACGUCCAAGGCCAGUGCACGUUCGACGGGUCGAAAAGUCGGAUUUCACCAAGUACAUCUCCCCUCCUCUUCACCGCGAUGUCCGCACCUGCCUCCGGAGGCGCGGCUGCGCAGCCCGCACAAGAAGAAGAGUCGACCUUUAAGAAAGUAAUAGGCAUUGCCCAACAAGCCUUCAUCUUCUGGGCGAUCUCGCAACUGGCGUCUAAAUACCUGUUCUCGCAAUUUGGGGACUCGAAAGCACCGGCCGCGACGACAACGACCACGACGACGGCCGACGGCACACCCGCUUCCGCCGAGGCGGUCAAUCCAUGGCUGCUGCCCCCGCAACAGGUGCACCCGGCCUGGGAGCUGAACCAGCCGCUGGACAUGCACGUCCACCUAUCGACCUCACCCAGCGGCGACGUUUUCUCGUCGCGGUGGACGUCCGGCUACCGCAAGGACCGCGACGAGGGCCUCCCGAGCUUCGUGUGGAACAACAUCUCGUUCGGGAACUGGUCCGAGUCGAGGACAGCGGAGUUCGACGUCACCUUCCCCGAGAACGUGUUGAAUAAUGGCUCCCUGUGGGCGGAUAUCUUUUUGACGAGGGACGGUGCCAGCCCCAACCCUCACAACGCGGCUUUCAACCCCGAAAACGUCCAUCAUGUCCGCAAACUCUUGACGCCCCACAUUCCCAAGUUGAAAGUCCGGAAGGUGAAAAGUCUUUUGGCGUCAAAUGCCACCGAGGAGGAAGAGCCCGAUGUGCCAGAGGAAGACGUGAUUGUUGCUCACUGGCAUCCAAACGUCACCCUUGCUCUCGUCUCUGACGCCGUCGUCAUUCCUUAUGCAACUUCGCCGCCCCCAGUCAAAGAACUCGUCAUCCUUGUGCCCGACACCCGGGACGAGACCGGCACCAAGGGCACCUACAAGCCCAUCGUAUUCCCGAACGAGUUCUGGCACCUCCGCUCGCACUACAUCGAGCUCAACUCGACGACGCCAACCCUCCCGCUCCAGAUCGUGUUCCAGCCGAUGUCGUUUAUGAAAUUCCAGGUGUAUGCGUCGAUGACGCACGGGUUCAACGAAGCGGCGAAGCAGCAGGGGGCUGGGAUGGCUGAGAUGGACGAGCUCAAGCGCAUGCUGUUGGAGACCAACCCUUGGUUCUUGGCUCUGACUGCACUGGUCACUGUGCUGCAUAUGCUCUUUGAGAUUCUGGCAUUCAAGUCGGAUGUGAGCCACUGGCGCCAAAAGAAGGAGAUGGUUGGUGUGUCUGUCCGAACGAUUAUUACGAACGUCUUCGUGCAAACUGUCAUUCUCUUGUAUCUUAUCGACAACAAUGAGAACACGAGUUGGAUGAUCUUGUUUGGCUCGGGCACUGGUGUGCUCAUCGAAGCAUGGAAGAUCACCAAAGCUGUCGAUAUCAGCGUUGUCCCUGCGCCAGGGACUCUUCUGCGUUACAAACUGGACAUCCAAGACAAGCACGUUCUGAGCGAGGACGAGAAGAAGACGCAGGAGUACGACCGACUGGCGUUCCGAUACGUGUCGUAUGUGGCGAUCCCGCUCUUGGCAGGCUACACGGUGUACUCGCUGCUGUAUGAGACCCAUCGCGGGUGGUACAGUUUCGUGAUCUCCACCUUGACGUCGUUCGUGUAUAUGUUUGGCUUUGCGCAACUUGUUCCGCAGUUGAUCAUCAACUACAAGCUCAAGAGCGUCUCACACAUGCCCAUGAAAGCGAUGAUCUACAAGACUCUCGGGACUGUGGUUGAUGACUUCUUUGCAUUCUGUAUCAAGAUGCCCUUCCUGCACCGGCUAGCAUGUUUCCGAGACGAUGUUGUAUUCCUGAUUUUCCUGUACCAGCGAUGGAUCUACCGCGUUGACCCGAAGCGAAUCAACGAAUAUGGCCAGGUCAUGGAGGAGGGUGCGGAUGCGAAAGACCCGCAGGGGGAGUCCAAGAAGGACAAGUAGACGAUGAUGUAUUUAGUGUAAUGCCUCCAUGCCAUCUAAUUCUACGGUAAAAUACUCGCCAGUUCUCGGCGCGAGCAUUCGACCGAUCCCUU